UUGGAGAGUUAUAAUGGAAGAGCCUUCACCGAAGGGACCAGAAAAGCCUCUUUAUAAAUUCCAACCUAGGAAGACUUCAAUCUUCACCUGAACUCGUCAUCCACUCAGUGAAAGCUCGUUGCUAUGAAAGUUUUCUUCUAAAACAUCAAGAUUUGCUGAGUCCUACUCGCCACCCUCUUAAGCUCUGUUUCUCAAGCCUCAAACACAUCUUCGCAAACUGUAUUUUUCUGGCAUUUCUCUUUAAAAAUGAGUGCUGUAUAUGAUGAGGAUGUUGCUUCAAGGAGCAAUGGAGCAUUAGUAGUCAACGGUUUGGUCGUCUGUGACGAUCCUCAACCGCUAACCAUACUGCCUAUCACGGCGCAAGAUCCUCUUAUGGCUCGAGAAGAAGAAGUGGCAGACCAAGCUCCAAUUGUUGCUCAAUACAAUGACCAAAUCCGACCUCUGCUUGAUGCCAUUGACAGGCUCAGGCUUCUUAUGGUCAUGAAAGAAGGCAUACAACUCCCCACAAUUGUUGUAGUUGGAGACCAAUCAUCUGGGAAGUCCAGUGUUCUUGAAUCACUUGCUGGUAUUAGUCUUCCUCGAAGCCAGGGUAUUUGUACUAGAGUACCCCUCAUAAUGAGGCUGCAAAGUCAUCAAAGUCCAACGCCAGAGCUUCACUUGGAGUACAAUGGCAAGACAGUCCCUGUAGAGGAAUCCCAUAUCACAACUGCCAUAAAUCUUGCAACUGAUGAGAUUGCAGGUCAUGGUAAGGGGAUAUCUAACAAACCGCUUACUUUGGUGGUGAAAAAGGAUGGUGUUCCUGAUCUUACUAUGGUUGAUCUUCCUGGAAUUACUAGAGUGCCUGUUCAAGGUCAGCCUGAGAACAUCUAUGAGCAGAUAAGAGAUAUUAUCAUGGAGUAUAUAACACCUGAGGAAAGCAUCAUCCUCAAUGUUUUGUCUGCCACUGUUGAUUUUUCUACCUGUGAAUCCAUUAGGAUGUCACAGAAAGUCGACAAGACGGGUGAAAGAACUCUUGCCGUGGUUACCAAGGCUGAUAGGGCCCCUGAAGAGCUAUGUGAGAAGGUUACUGCUGAUGAUGUGAAUAUAGGACUUGGUUAUGUUUGUGUCAGAAAUCGUAUUGGUGAUGAGUCCUACGAAGAAGCAAGGAGGGAAGAGGCUAGAUUGUUCCAAACUCAUCCACAUCUGUCAAGGAUUGAUAAAUCAAUAGUGGGUGUUCCAGUUUUGGCCCAAAAACUAGUUCAAAUUCAGGCAAAUAUUAUUGCGCGGUGCUUACCGGUGAUCGUGAAGAACAUUAGUGAAAAGCUGAAUGCAAAUGUUUCAGCGCUGGAAAGAAUGCCCAAGGCUUUGACUUCUGUUGCAGAUGCCAUGGCAGCUUUUAUGCGGAUCAUUGGAGCAGCUAAAGAAUCCCUCAGGAAACUUCUUCUGAGAGGGGAAUUUGAUGAAUACCCUGAUGAUGGUAGCAAGCAUGGCACUGCUCGUUUGGUUGAAAUGCUCAAUCAAUUCUCUGAUGAGCUUCACGAGUCAGAGGAUAAUGAUCCCACAAAAGACUUUUUAAUAGAGGAGAUCAAGGUUUUGGAAGAUGCUAAAGGAAUUGGACUGCCAAAUUUCCUUCCUCGCAGCGCAUUCCUUCGCAUCUUGCAGAGAAAAGUUGAUAGGAUUUCCAGUAUGCCAAUUGAAUUUGCUGAAAAGGUUUGGGACUGCAUCGAUGGGAUGGUGACUUCUGUUUUGAUGCGCCACUCGGAAAUAUAUUACCAGCUUAAGGUAUCUACAAAGCGAGCAGCUCAUAAUCUCAUCGAAAGGAUGAGGGAGCAGUCGAUGAAUAGGGUGAAGGAGAUUGUGCAGAUGGAGAAGCUGACAGAUUAUACCUGCAAUCCUGAUUACAUGGUGGAGUGGACUAAGCUCAUGACUCAACAAGAAAGUUUCGUCAGGAAAGUAAAUGAUGCAGUAAUGUACGGGCAUUCCAGAGUGAGUCUGGAAGGUUUUGGGGAUAUUGAAGUUGAACAUCUCAGGCAGCAUCGUAAUGUUCUGCAUCAAGCUUUCGACCUGAAGAUGAGAAUGACUGCGUACUGGAAGAUAGUUCUGCGAAGGUUGGUCGAUUCCAUGGCAUUGCAUUUGCAGUAUAGUGUUCAUAAUCUUGUGAACAAUAACAUGGAGGAGAUUGUGAAUGAGUUGAUGGGGCCAGAUGGACGUGGAAUUGAAAGGAUGCUGGUGGAAUCCCCUGCAAUUGCUGGAAAGAGAGAGAAGCUGAAAAGCAGCAUCAAGCUGUUGAAGGAGUCCAAGGAUGUGGUGGCCAAGAUCAUGGACAGGAUUGCUGGUUAUGAUGAUUAGGUGCCAAUUAAUAUGUUUAUUUUGUGUGUUUUAAGUUUGUGAUUAGUUAUGUAGCGAAGUUUAAGAUAUAACCAUGUACUAUUGCUUUCAAUUAAUUAAGAUGUUUUGUUUGUGGUGAGUUGUUACACAGCUAAAA